GCGUCGAGAGUGAAAAAAAAGAAAGAAAGAAAGAAAAAGAAAUCAGAGGCGCAUGCAUCGAUGCAAACGCGCAAUCCACGUUUACCAAUGAGCGGGCUGACGUUUCGUCUUCGGUUCGGCCAGCAGGUGGAGCGUGUUUGAUGUGAAUCGAACACCGUCACCCUGUACAAACACCGGGGACCGGGCAGCAUAUAGGGGCUCGUCCUUUUUUUCCCCGUCGUCGUCGUUAGCUCGCGAGACUGGGUGAGGAGGGGGUGAUAAGGAGGACGCAAGCGCGGACCUAUCGACCAGCUAACCCUCCGGGUAACACCCUCGCGAUCCUCGGCCGAGGCUCACUGCUUCACCGGCAAACUAGUAGGUAGUACACGCACGCGACACAGAUUUCAACUUGGAUUGUUUAGUUUCUCCUUCCUCACCUCUCUUAUUUCAUCCUUUCCUUUCGGAUUACCUUACGUUCAACUGUUAUUCCACAAACUCGGCAAGGGAACGCAACAUCUCGUUCGAACAUCGUCGAGCGAACAGAUCACAACGAGACGACGUCCUCUUUCCGGUAAUCCGCCGCGUUUUCGAGAAAGUGACAGACAGGAGGAGAGCGUACCGCGCCCGCACACCGAACACACCGACAAAGCGGAAUUCUGCGGUUUUCGCGAGGAGGACGAGGUCGGUGUUAAACCAGCAAGAUUACCGGCCGCGGCGGUUGCGCCAAAUACUGUGGUACAGCUACUUCACCCGGCAACAUUUCAUUCUCCAGCUUUCGACAGUCCUUCACCUCCAAUGUUAACUACCUGAAACGGAGUUUGUCUUCCAGGUUCUCGUCAGGGGAUUUGAGCUCGGAGCUCGACGAUGAACCAAGCACAGACUCCGGGCUGGCCUCCAUGGCCAGGGAUUCGUCGUCCCAAUCGUAUCAAGCGGUGCCCGAACGCCCGUUGCAGUCCCAACCUACGCCGGUUCCGCCGGCCAGCCAGCCGCCCGUGCCCGGGGCACCGCCGCCCGGAGCCCCACAACCCGUCGGCGGCGAUCUCAGUCUCAACCUGAGACCCGGCUCCAGAACCACCAGUGCUCCAUCCUCGCCUGCCAAGACCAGGGAAAGUUUGCUCCAGAGGGUUCAGAGCUUGACAGGGGCUGCUCGCGAUCAGGGUGCAUCGAUUCUGGGAGCGGCAGUGUCAGGUGCGACCAGAGGGCCCUCUUACAACAAAGAUCGAUGCUUCACGUUGCUGGUCAUAGACGACCAAAACACCGACUGGAGCAAAUAUUUCCGGGGUCGUAGGCUUCACGGUGAUUACGAGAUCCGCGUCGAGCAGGCGGAAUUUCGGGAAUUGUCGUUGACGGCCAGCGAGACUGGCACCGUUGUGUCCAUGGCGGUUUAUCGUAACGGGACCAAAGUCAUCCGAUCCUUCAAGCCCGAUUUCGUUCUGAUACGACAAAACCUAAAGGACGCGGGAGAAGAUUACAAGAAUCUUCUUCUCGGUUUGAUGUACGGCGGUGUGCCGAGCGUUAACAAUCUCACGGCAAUUUACAACUUUCAGGAUAAACCUUGGGUGUUCGCGCAUCUUCUGGGACUUCAACGUCGUUUAGGAAAGGAUAACUUCCCGUUGAUAGAGCAAACUUACUAUCCCAACCAUCGCGAAAUGGUGAGUGCAUCUCGUUAUCCGGUCGUGGUGAAACUUGGACACGCCCACGGAGGAGUGGGAAAAGCCCGUGCCGAGACGAAUCAAGAGUUUCUAGAUCUCGCCUCUUUGGCUGCUUUGGCCAACGCUUACUGCACGUCGGAACCGUAUGUCGAUACCAAAUACGACGUCCACGUGCAGAAAAUAGGCAAUAACUACAAGGCGUUCAUGCGGAAGAGCAUAAGCGGAAACUGGAAAUCUAACACCGGUUCGGCGAUGUUGGAGCAAUUAGCCGUGAGUGAAAGACAUCGCGCCUGGGUCGACCAGGUGGCCCAAUUGUUCGGCGGGUUGGACAUCUGCGCGAUCGAGCUGUUGGUCGGCAAGGAUGGCCGAGAGUACAUAAUCGAAGUGAACGAUAGCGCGUUAUCGUUAAUGGGAGACUCGCAGGAGGAAGAUCGUCGCCACAUCGCCGAUCUCGUCACCGCUAAAAUGCAGGCAUUUUGCCGGCCGCCGAGCGUUUUGACGAAAACAACAUCGAGAGGAUCGAUGUCCGGCUCGAGCCAAGCGACGAGUCCCGUCGAGGAUCGCGUCGUACCGCCAACAGCUCCCUUGGGAUCGCACGGGAGCAUGGGAUCGAUGGCUAGCAUAGGAAGCUUGGGUUCGGUAGGCUCGAUGACGGCAGUGGCCGGCGACGUAACCACCUCUGACAGCCACCAUCAGCUGCAACGACGCGACUCCCAAGCAUCGCAAUCGAGUACAGUGAGCAGCGCGCCGUCGGUCGGUCGACGCCAAGACGAAGCUCCAACAUCGAGAGUACCUUUCCACAGACAAGGUAGCCAAUCACAAAGCGAGGACACCGAGGAUACCAUGAAGAAUCUUCGGAAAACGUUCGCAGGAAUCUUUGGAGACAUGUAAAUUUUUGGGACGAAUUUUUGUGCACUGAAACGAAGGAGGCGAAGAAUCGUUGUUAUAAAUUUAAAAUUUGGUACGAAGUUAAGAAACGUGCUAUAUUCGAUGAAUCAUAUUUCUUUUCUUGUUCUUUUAUAAUAUUAGUAAUCGAUAUGGAUAGUAUUCGUAAUUACGAGGAUCUUUUUUUCUUCCUUUUUUUUGAGGAAAUAAAAUUGACAGUUUCGUGUUUUUUUUUUUUUUUUUGGGUCGAUUCGAAAUGAAUUAUCGGAAUGGAAAUAUCGAGAAUGGAUUGAAUGAGGCACGACGAGGAUAUAUUUGCAGAUCGUCAAGCUGAUUUAAAUGACGCUCGCGUCCCACACCGGGCGCUGUGUAACGAUGUAAAUUUUGCUAACGGUCCACGGCGAUGUGUAUAAACCUAAACAUAACUCUUUGAAAUCUCAUUUGACAACAACUCGUUUCUCGAUUAAUUUCUCUCUUAUCCUUGAAUUAAUUGAAACGAAAAGAGAACUUAUUCUCCUUCUAGAAAUUCUCGCUAAUCGCUAUUACCCAAUACUUAAUUAUUAUUAUUAUUAAUAAUCUUAAAUACCGCGUAAUUAAAGCAUCGGUUUCGAAUAUUAUUAAUACUAACGUAUUUUCGAUAAGGGGUGGGUGAGCAAAAAUUAAACGGGGGUUUAAAAAAAAAAAAAAAGAGAUAAGGUCGUGGUCGUUUAUGUAUAUUAAAAAAAAAAAAGAGUAAAAAACAAAAAAAAAAAUAAAUCGUAUAGUAGAUUCUAUGUAUUCGAUGUAUUAUUCAGCAUUUACAACAUAGUCGGUUAGGGAAAAUUCUCUCAGGUUAAAAAGAAAUGAUUAAAAAAGGGGGGAGGGAAAAUAAUAAUAACAAUAAUAAUAAUAAUAAUAAUAAUAAUAAUAAUAAUAAUAAAAAUGAAUACUUUUCCAAGUGUGUCCGGUUAUGUUUCGUUACCAUCGACGUAUCCGUUCUGCAUACACUCGUCUCGUUUACGGGAACUCCGCCACUUGGUUUUUCGAUUCCAACAGGCAACAGAUACCAUAGGCCCCUGUCAUCUCCUCAUCCGAGUUUACUUCAGGCGUCCACUUUUUAGGCUUAACUUUCGAUUAAUAGCAUUGUCUAAAGGCGAGGGAACGGGAAAGUGAAGGGGAGGGAAAAAAGAAAAAAGAAAAAAAAGAGAGAGAGAGAGGGAGAGAGAGAGAGAGAGACGAAAGCGGGGAGAGAGGUAGGGGGAGGGAAAAAAAGAAGAAAAAAAAAAACGAUGGGUUAUAAAUUUAAACGGGUGAUGGAAAUUCCUGCAGUAAAAUACAUAUUUGUAAAAUUAUUAAAAAGUAUUUGUAAACCGACGUCAUUCAAUACAAUGAUUGAGGAAAACAAAAAAAAGAGGAGAUUCGGGCAUUAUUAAUACUGAACAUUUGGCUAGAGAAGACUUCUGUAUCGAUCGAUCGCCGCGUGAAAAAGAAAAGAAGAAAAAAAAAAAAGAAAAAAAAAAAAAGAAGAAAAAAUCUCGAUUUCGAAGAAACGCGCCGACCAUUCGAAGAACACGAUCGACGAGUCUGUAUCUUAAGCGCACAAAUAGUCAUUAAGAUUUCGAGACCGGGCAGUACUUUGACAUCGUGCAUGUGAACAGCGCAAAACGUUUUGGAUUAAACGGGACUCGAGAAGAGGAAAAUUUAUUCCGCAGAGUCGUCGGUCCGUUUUUUGAAAGAAAAAAUUAAAAUUUCGGCCCGCUAAAAAAUAAACUCGCUCGACCGACGGCCUUUCGAUUUGGAUUGUUGAAAAAGAAAAAAAAAAAAAAAAAAAAGAGAGAGAAAGAAAAAAAAGAAAAUUCAUCGUCUCGAACAGUAGUGAGCAUCUCGAUGUUGAAAACUGUCCUGCAAUUCCGAUGACGAACUGCUUCUUUUUCUUAAAUUUUCACGCACACACGUGUACAAAUCAUUUCGUAAAGAAAGAGAAAAGAAAAGAAAAGGGGAGAGAUUCGGCAAUGCUCGCUUGCUGAAAAUUCACGAAAAACGAGAUGUUCGUUGUUCCGUAGGCUUUAAGAACAUUACCGAUGAAAUCAAAAUGUAAUAAAAAAAAAAAAAAGAAACGGGUUCGUGAAACUAGGAACGGGAAGCGAAAGGGAAACGCGGCCACUAGUCGCCGCAAGAAUGAUAAAAAGAUAAAAUGUUAUUACAUGGGCAUUCAGUAAUCGCGAUUUUUGCGAAAUCCUGGCAAAAAUCCGGGUCACACCAAGCAAAUUUUUUUGACGAUCUGCAAAUAUAAUCUCGCGUUUCCUCAUUUUUCUGACUUUAUCCGUUUGAGGUUCGAACUCCUUUGAUUCGGUGCACGGAAUCGAAAAGGAUUCAAGGAUUGAAUCAAAAAAAAAAAAAAAAUCGAUCGACGAUGACGAAGGAAGAAAGAAAACAAAACAAAACAAAACAAAAAAAAAAAAGAAAAAGAUAAGGAAAAGAGAGGGAACGAAACUUCUUUAUCCAAUGAUCUCAAUUUACCUUAGCAUAAGGGCUGAUAAGGCCGUAUUCGACGAAUGGACUUCGUGGUGUCAGCUUUGGAAAGGAACGAGAACAAUUUCCAACGCGUUUCUAAUAUUCCGUUAAUACCCUCGGUUUCACGAUGAUUUCACGAAACAUUUUAAUUCACAAUUUUCAUUUCCCUCGAACACCUUUGUCAAUUGCGCGAGGAUACAGUGGAGGGAGGGGAUUGCGUAGGAUCGUAUACAAAGGAACGUGUAUUGCCUUCUUUCGUUUCCAUUUUUUCUUCUCUCGAUUUCACGGAACACAUCGACAGUGCUUUGCACGUACUGAAUUUUAGAAAUAUUAGAACGAGGUUAUGCAAACGAUAAACGCAAAGACGUGAAUUUAGUCCAUCCUCUCUAUUGCACAAUUAUAUAUCGAUCGGAUACUCCCUGUGUGUGUAUCUAGCUUUAGUUGAUAAGUUAGUUAUCCGUUGAAAGAAAAAGGAGGGAGAGAAAGAUAGAAAGAGAGAGAAAAGAGAGAAACAUCGACGAUGAAUUAAAACGGAAUCCACGAGUCACGAGUUAAUUUCGAUAUGUAAUAGACGUCCGAUGGUUUGGUUUUUGAUGUGCCUUGAUAACUUAAGUGCCCUUCUUGUCACCUGUUUCUCACCCGAUUCGAAGCAGUCCAAAAGUACGCGUUUCAAAGAGUACAGAAAAAAAAUAAACGUACGACACGUACACGUUCACCGUUGCACUUAAUCACGAGAUCUCUAUGUUGUUUGUACUUUUUAUACACCUCGAAAACGCGUGCACCCCAUCGUUUUUACCCUUCUCGCAUAUGAUCAUCGUUGCAACGAGCUUGCUUGUUGAUUCAGCCACGCAUCUCAAAAUAUCAUGUGGAUAAGUGCAGGUACACCGUCCAAGUUUACGAUCAACAACAAGCGAAGUUAAGUUUCGAUCGAACAAUCCUCUUAUCCGUUCGUCGAUAUUCGCUGUAGCAAAGAUAAUCGAUCAAGCAUAUUCUUCUCUUCCGUUCUUCAAUUCGUCAAUUCGUAUCUUAGAACCCACCUUCGCUUAUCAUUUGUAUUUCGAUUCUCUUUCCAUUAUUCACCGAUUAUUCAACGACCGAGGCAAUGAUACGUAGAGGAGUAAACUUAAAGUAGAGUUUAAAAGAGUUUUAGAGUCGUGGCAGGAGAGUAGAGCAGAAUAUUGUGAGUUAUUAGCGUUUCAAAUUUAAGGACUUAGUUUUUAGCUUCAAGCUGAGAUAAUCAGAGUGAUAAUAAUAUUGCGAGAAAUAGAAUGUUGGAAUUACCGAUACUUGAAAGACGAUACUUUAAGGGAUGUGUUUUCAUUUUUUUUCAUUUUUCCAUUAUUCGUAGGGCAGGACAAUUAUGGAGGAGGAGGUAGAAUUUAAACAGAGAGUUUAGAGUCGUGAGAGGAUAGACUGCUAAAAGGCUGCCUGAUUCCACGACACGUAUAGUUCAGAAAUCUGAAAUAAUAAUUGCAAGAGAUAGUAAAAACUAUUAAUACUACUAUUACUACUACUACGACAUUGGAAAGCUAAUAAACUUUAACGGGAAUAAACGCGACGUUUAAAGAAAACAGACCCGCGAAAAUAAAAUCCUGGACAAUCUUUACCGAAAACCUGGAAAAUUGUCGCGAUGUACGCGACGAAGUACAAAAAAAAAACCCACCCAGAUGAAACGAGAUAAACUGCUUUCCGAGCUGACGCCACGAUGCGAACGAAAUAAAUAAAUAAAAAGAAUAAAAUAAAAUAAAAUAAAAAAAAAAAAUAAAAAUAAAAAAAAAAGGAGAGAAAGCUCGAUAGAUUCGUUUAAAAAUGGACGAAUUCGAUCCCUACAGAAUCCGUACUGAUACGUAGACAAGGUUAAAGAUAACGAAUAUCUCAGGGGUGCAAGUUUAAGCACUAGGUAGGAUAGAAAAAAAAAAAGAAAAAAAAAAAAAGAAAUAGAAAAAAAAAAAAAGACGACAGUUAGAAGAGGCAGUUGGGUUCAGGUGUUGUUGCAAUCUCUAGACGAAUAAACGGCAUUGACUACCGAUUAUCUACGACGACUAGCGAUUUUAGCGAGCACGCUUUUUUUGGAAGAAAUGUUAGCGGUUAUCCAUUUCAUAGGAAGCGAAAUUAUUAUAAGCGGAAUCGAACCGGGUAACGAUCAUCUGUGAGAAAAUCCGAUAACAACGUUUCUGUGCAACGUUUUAACCCAAUAUCUCCUUUUGUACAAGAUUAUUGUUCCAACGAAUAAAUCUGUGGAUCUGAUUGUCGAUCGUCAAUUGUUAUCGCGAUUUAUCGCGAUAUUUUCAAUGAAAAAAUUGUAAAAAACGAUUAGACGAUUCAAUUAUCGAUUUAAUUUCAAUCAUCACCUUGAUUGUUCUACGUGCGGUUAAUCAUUACCCGAGAUCAGAGAUACCAUUAUUAUCGAAUUAAUUAUGAAGACGUUUGUCGAGGACGGAUCGAGCGGAUGAUCGAUUCAGUGUAACAAAAACCGAACAAAAAGCAAGAAAGCUCACAUCGUUUAUGCAUUUUUAACAAUUGCUCGAUCAUGCUUCGCAAGAAUCUUCGAUCGACGAGUUUGUAAUUUGUUUUUUAGUGCCCGUGUGAUGUAGUGAGCAGCAGCCUGUUUACAACACCUUUCCAUUAGGUUUUGAUCGUGUUUUCGUGUUAGGCGUCACUUUUUUUUUAUUUCGUCGUAGCGCCACCGCGUGUGUCGGUGGAAACUUUAUAGUAAGCUGAUAGAUCUUUUUAAUUUCGAUGUAAAAGAUUCGCGUACACCGCCUCUCUCGCUACACACAGCGAGAGAUCUUUUAUAAAAAUUGGCGCUCUAUCGCGCCUAAAAUCUCCUCGUUCAAAAUCUCUGUUUCCUUCUUGCCGGAAAAAAAAAAAAGAAAAUAAUAAUAUUACAAUUAAGCUAAUCUACUUAGGAUCCUUGCGUCACCGUAAUACCGUUGUUGGUUAAGAAUUUACCAUUCAUAGAGUUACUUUAAGAUCGUGGAACUAAUUUAGAUGCCUUGGAUAACGACAUCGUAGAUAUAAGUUCCAACCAAAAAAAAAGUAAAAAACAAAAAAUCAUAAGAAAGAAAAUAAAAAAAACCAAAAAAAAAAAAAGAAAGAAAGAAAGAAAGAAAGAAAGGAAAGAAGGAAGGAAGGAGGGAAGGAAAAAAGAAAAGAAAGAAGAAACGAAAAGAAAUCGAAGCAAACUCGCGAUGAUAACGCUAACGAGAACUCGAUAUUGCGUUAUCGUCGUCGUUUCGAGGCUUCUUUCACUCGACCCAACUCGAUCCAAGAUCACAAUCUCGAUUCGAAAGAACCGCGUGACGAAGCUUCGAAACGCAUUCGAUCGUGAAUAGAUUAGAAUACACACACACAUACACACACAUACACACACACGCUUAGAAAUAUACGUUCCAGGAGCAUCUCCGCCGAAGAAAAGGUAGAGAUACGUACAACGGGCGUUAUAACGUUAUCACACGUCGAGGCGAGACCGUGCCUCGUGCCAAUCAGAAUUGGCGAUUCCAGCUCAUGGCAUUCGAAUGCCGAUUUAGUGCCUCGUUGCUUUCCCUUCCCGCUUACCGUUUUCAUUUAAAUACACGAAUGAAAUCUCGUUUCAUUAAAUACCUAUAAAUACACGAUAUUCAUCUUCGCUCAAAUCAAUUUUCCCGAUCUAAUGUUAAUCAGAUUCCUUUAACUUGCUUACUUGCUUCUUCCUUCUUCCUUGUUUCCCUCCAAAUUCUUCUCCAACGCUUAUUCUCCCGUGAAACAGUGAAACGAAACACCAAGAUAUUAUUAUUACGAGAAAUCGUUACAACGAAUCGUGGAAGGGAUGAAUAAUUAUCGAAGCAAUCUCCUCGUCGCGCGAAUAGAAUUUAGCCGGAUAUCAUCAAUGGCACGGGGAUCCACGGUUUCGCCACGAUGGUCGAGGCGAACGAGCGCUCGUCAUCGUCUCUUAAUUACUUUAUUAUUCAAUGUCUCUGUGUAACGAACUUAAAGAUUAAACAAUAGCGUUAAACGAAAUUAAAAGGAAAUAACGGAUCGUUAAGGUGAGAUUAUCAUCGUAGGCUAGUUACGGUACGGUAGGCUCUAUAUGUAACCGUAUGUUACCUCCUUGAUUUCAAUGAGUGCUAGUCCACAUGUAUCAUAAUAUCACAUUAACACAACACUCGUACUCUCGAUACAAGAAUAUUAUAUACACGACAUAUUAUAUAUAUAUAUAUAUACAUACAUACAUACAUACAUAUAUAUACAUUAUGUAAUAACUAUAAUGAUACGCGACAGUUGUAGCUAAUCACCCCGGACGAACAACAGAGGAACCAGUCUAUUGUUCUCGCGGGGACGUGUAAAAGCGUCCUUGUAAGGUUUCAAGGAUGUCUUCAGGUCUAAUUAAUUGUAAAAUCGGUCAGAAACGUUAUUAUAAUCCGAGGAGAGAAGCGAAUACAAAAGUUUAAAACGGGAAACGAAGAUGGAACGUCCUCGCGCGCCGACGAAAAAAAGCGUCUCAUAGAUCCGAUUCUCGAUCUUCGAGCGGAGAGCCACCGGUGGCACGGGACGUGCCUCUGUCACGCCAACAUUCGAUAUCAAUUGUACGACAAUAUAUAUAAUAUAUAUAUAUAUAUUACGGAAUAGACGCCAUACGAGCGUUUACUCGUACGAGACAAAUGUGAGAGAGUAGAGUUAGUUAUUAAUCUCGAUGUUCUGUUUCGCGGCGCGCGUAUCCCAGAUGCGCCGUGAAAGAAAAAAAAAAGAAAAAAAGAAAAAAGAAAAAAAAGAAAAAUUAUUUAAUUAGAACAUUUCCCUUGAAGAAAAUCCGCGCGAUCGAACCGUCGAAAUUAUGGAUGGACGAAUACUUCUCUCUCUUUUAUUCGAUCGCGUUCAUAGCGAUGCCAGCCAACACCAAAAAAACGUCCCGAGUUCGAUCGUUGGAUCGCGCACAAAAGUCGCGUGUGCCGCUUCGUCGAUCACGUUUCCUCGUAUUAUUCCUUCUCUCGUACUCAAGACCGCGUUGAAACACACGGAUGUGUGUUUCCCAAGCGCGCGUUGAUCACAAGAUCAUCGCGACGAACAACGAAAUCAUCGGUACGCGAAAUCGAUCGUGGAUCGCGGCACGGCUCACGCGUGGAGGCAACGAUCGCUCGAAUUAUAUCACGUUAUACACCGAUUAUUAACCGAAAAAUUCUCCGAUCGUACGACCGUUUAUAUUAAUACCUUUUAACUGUAACCGUUGAAUAAGAGAAGGAAGGAAGGAAGGAAGGAAGGAAGGAAGGAAUGGAAAAAAGGGAAGGAUGUUUAAUUAAAUGCGAGUAAAAUGCGAGUUCUAUCUGUCAUCGUUUUAGCUGUUAAGGAUUCAUCAGAAGUAAAUAUUGGGGGUAGCUCUAAUCCAGUAAGCGUACCGCGUAAGCGCAAGCAUACAUUUAGAAAUACGGAGAGAAGAAAUAAAACGUAGUACAAUGUAUAGGUUUGUGUAUAGAGAUACGAGAGGGCAUGUGUGAAAGAGAUAUCGGUGUUGGGUGCACGUCGAGUGCUCGUUACCGAUCCUACCGCCGCUUUAUUUCGUUGGAAGGCAUUACGGGUGGAUGGCUAACAAGAUCGUUCCAACUUGUUCGAGAUAUCACGGAAACGGUUUUUCGACCGUUUUCUAUCCUAUCGCGAGUGGCCGAGGUGAAACGAUGCCCUUUCGAGGGAUCGUAUAUCGAUAAGCCGGGGUGGUCGUAGGUAACGAGCACGCCGUUUCAUGGAACAUCAAGGGAGUCUUCCUCGUGAUGGCGGGCGAUGCUCGAUGCCCGGUGAUCAUUUCAUGGCCUUAAUCAAAUUUUCAUCGGGGAUCGAGUGUCUUCGUCAUCGUGUCGUCGCGUCUAUCGCGACGAUGGAACGAAUAUUGACUGGCUCGUGACGACGAUUCCAACGAAUCGUGGAUGCCAAAAGGAGUAUGAAAGAUGCUGGAGGAUAUUAUACAACUACUCUCGAGUGUACUUUUAAUAUCUCCGUUUGGAAUUCGUCCACCGUUUGGAUAUCGAAUAUUUUCCGCUAAUUCGAAAUUUCGAUCGAUGUUGUGAUCCAUGUUGUAUCCGAUACUCGUCGAGAUGAUUCGAUUCAAAGAGAUUUUAUAUAUCGAUUGCGCGCCGAUUUCUAUCUCGUACGAUUUUCCACUCGUCGAGAAAUGUUCUCGAUGAUAAGAGGUGGAAAAUUGUUGGACGAAAAUUGUCGCGUGUUUCCACAUAUAUUCUUCGAUAUACCGGUUUAACGCUGCGCUAUCAGAUGUGGAAUAUCUUUAUGGUGUCUCCGUAAGACUUUCGACGUGGGCCCCUUAAAACUGACGACACGGACACAUAACGUUAACAGAGUUUCUUCGACUAGAAUUGUGUAUUCAUCCAUUGCAUACCAACAAAAAAAUAAAUAAAUAAAUAAAUGAAUAAAUAAAUAUUUGCCAUAUUGGACAUUGGUGAAACGUUUAUCGAAACGUUUUGGAUGUCGUUAUGGUUGUUAAGACAUUGAAAUAUUAAGAACUCUUUAACGAAUUGAGCUAUCUCAUUGUGUUAUGUACACACAUUUAUAAAUAUAUAAAUAUAUAAAUAUAUUAUAUAUAUAUAUAUAUACAUAAAAAAUAUAUAUGUUGAAGAGUUAAACAUUUACCACUAUGAUGAUCAUACUAAUGCAGCGUAAUGGACGAAUGGCAUGCACUCAAAAAGUUAUAAGAUGUUAUUAAUAUACUUCCGAAGUCGAGUAACGCAGAUUAUUAAACUUUCUUGAUGAAUUGAUGAGAAAAAAAAAAAAAAAAAGAAAAAAAAAGAAUCCCGAUCAAGUAAUCCUGUAAAACGGAGAAACAAACGUUAGUGAGCGUUUACGAUAUUGUACUUAUCCCAAUAACAUAACGAUCGAAAGGGAGAAAACGACUUUCGAUUCCGUGCUAGAUUUCGGGACACUCUUUGUAACUCUGCGUGGCCCGACUAGGUUCUGGUUGAAAUACGAUUACUGCGAUACGUAAGCUAAACUGUAACAAUAAAAAAAAAAAAUAAUAAAAUAUUAUACUUAUGAA